UCUUAAUUUCUCGAUUCGUAGCAAAAGGAAAGGGUACGAAAAGUCGAGUGUUUUCUGCACUUUUUAUUUUUUCUUCUUUCUUUGUUUGCAGGAUAGCGAACGCCUCGUUUCGAUAUCAUGUCGUCGUCGAAGAAGAUCACCCUGAAGAGUUCCGAUGGCGAGUCCUUCGAGGUCGACGAGGCCGUGGCUCUUGAGUCUCAGACCAUCAAGCACAUGAUCGAGGACGAUUGCGCCGACAACGGCAUCCCUCUCCCCAACGUGACGAGCAAGAUCUUGGCCAAGGUCAUCGAGUACUGCAAGAAGCACGUCGAACCGGCCAACUCUGAGGACCGCACCUCCGAAGAUGAUCUCAAAGCUUGGGACAUGGAGUUCGUCAGGGUUGACCAGGCCACUCUCUUCGAUCUCAUUCUGGCUGCAAACUAUUUGAACAUCAAAAGCCUCCUGGAUCUGACAUGCCAGACUGUGGCGGACAUGAUCAAGGGAAAGACCCCAGAGGAGAUCCGCAAGACCUUUAACAUCAAGAAUGACUUUACCCCAGAGGAAGAGGAAGAGGUUCGUCGGGAGAACCAGUGGGCAUUUGAAUGAUGUAUUGAGUGAUAAUUUUGAGUGGAACUUGGAAACAAAAAUGUGAUUUACAAACAACUUGGUUUAAGGGUUACUAUGUGGGUUUAUAUGUUAGGCAUAGUUGUUCUGGCUUUAUCUUCCUCUGUUUUAAACUCUUGCUUUAUUGAAAUCGUAAGCUCUUUGAACUGUAAA